AUGUUAGAGGCUAAAUUAAAUAAUGCAUCUAUUUUAAAAAAACUUUUUGAAUGUAUCAAAGAUUUAGUAAAUGAUGCCAAUGUGGAUGCCGAUGAGAGUGGAUUAAAAUUACAAGCAUUAGAUGGGAAUCAUGUAUCUCUAGUUAGCUUACAUUUAUUAGAUUCAGGAUUUUCUCAUUAUAGAUGUGAUCGUGAAAGAGUGUUAGGUGUAAAUAUUGCAUCAUUAAAUAAAGUAUUCAAAUUAUGUGGAGCUAAUGAAUCAGUAGUUAUAUCUAGUAAAGAUGAUGAAGAUAAUUUAAAUUUUGUUUUUGAAAACAACAAAGAAGAUAAAGUUACUAACUUUUCUUUAAAAUUAAUGUCUAUUGAAUUGGAUUCUUUAAAUAUACCUGACUGUGAAGAAGGAUUUGAUGCAGAAGUAGAAUUAAGCAGUAAAGAAUUAACCAAUAUAUUUAGGAAUUUAUCAGAAUUUUCUGAUACUGUUUUUAUUGAAAUUGAUUCUAAUUGUAUUAAAUUUACUACAAAAGGUAUAGUAGGUGAUGCUGAAGUAGCUCUCAAACCAAGAGAUUCAACUAGCGAAGAUGAUAUUGGAGUUACAAUUAAAUCCAAAAAAAAAAUUAAACAAUCUUUUGCCAUCAAAUAUUUAAACUUGUUUUCUAAAUCAAACAUUUUAGCAGAUGUAGUCGUCUUAGGUUUAAGUGACAGUAGACCCAUCGAGUUCAAAUAUGAAAUUAAAGAUACCUCCCCCGAUUCAGAUACCUUAAAAGUUGGAUUUGUUAAAUUUUUCUUAGCUCCCAAAAUGGAUGACGAUAUGGAUAAUAAAGAUUAA